UUGUGCCUGGACGGGUAGGUAUUAUCACAUUUUGGCCGUGAAGCAGUAAUGCGUUUCGGUUUGAAGGGUGGGACAGCCGUUAAGCUGUAUGUUAGGUCUCCAUUGGAGGCGCUCGUGUAGCAGAUAGCAAAUCACGCCCCAUAAGCAUCCAAAGACCUAGUUUUUGGAUUUCUCGGGACCCUGAUUCCUUACAGCGUAACAUAAAUACUAAAACUUAACACUAUUUUCCACAGUGCGAAUAACAUUCCUAGCAACAAUCAUGGCGCUCUCCCUAAAAAUGUCAACAACUUUGAAAUGGCCAGAUCCAAAGCACGAUGACGUCAUGUUCAUCGGGAACCCGAUAGAAUCGAAUAUGCCAAGUCAUUGGUUGCCUAAAAGCAUAGUAAAGAAAAUCAUUGAAAUGCGUGUAUCAAAAGAUGAAAACAAUUACAAACCUAGCAGAAUGACGUGGAACAUAAAAACAACAUUGCCUAAUCGAAAUUACAAAAAGAAAUCGUUGAUGUUUAUCAUAAAAUCAACUUCUAGUUUCAAGAAAGAUAUCACGACUCAAAUAUCAGUUACCAGUACAACAAAACAUAUUGGCGGCAUAACCGAAGACAAUACUUUUAGGACACCUGGAUUUACACAGGAUAUCACACAAAAUAUUGAAGAUCUUUCAACGCACGCUACAGAGGUUAAUCUUUUAUACCCCACACCUGUGACUGAAUCUGCUGAUUUGAAUUCUAACACUACUCUGCCCUUAGUUUCAACAUCUAAAACCGAUUAUUCGAGUGAUAGUGGAACAUCAUCGAUUUCUUCUCACACUCCGAUAGAUUCUGGCACAACUAAAGCCAUGGAAAUGUCACAAGAAAUCACAACAUCGUUAUUACCUACCGUUCAAAUAUUAGACAAGUCUUCUAACGAUUUGACAAUGUCUUUAACUUCUGAUUUAGUAACGGAAGCAUCCAUAGAAAAGUCUACCAUAGAUCGAACCGAUUUAACUGAAAACCAAGCGUCCGAUCUAUCCCCUAAAGUAACAAAAGUAGCUUCAGAAUCAAGUCUAUCUUCUCCAGCUGAAAAUACGUCAACAACAACAUCUACUAAUUUGGCGGCCGAUACUUCUACAUUACCGCUUACUAUUGCUAAUUUGCCUAGUAAACCAACAUUGAGCAGCCCAUCAACAAUUAGUUCUGAGUCAGAAAUGACAGAAUCAUCUUUAACUAAAACAUUAUUAACUACUACAUCUCCAAGCGAAACUACAAUAUCUGCUUCAUCAAAUACCAUAAUUAAUACAGCUGCGUCGAAGAAGGAAUCUGACGGAAAUCCAUUCUAUUAA